AUGGCGAUUGAGCCGCUCCGUGACAAUCUGGACACCGUCACAGCAACCGACCAACCAAACGAUGGUGAUUCCUCUUCCCAGCAACAACUCACCUUGUACAACUACGACCUGAGUGAUCCACACUCCACAGUUCUUUCCCCAGGCAACCAAGCAAGCACAUAUCUGCUUGGUGGAGUCACCAGCCCUGGGUUGUGCAGUGUCAACAGCAGCCUUGGACAAAACCAAUUUCCGAUUGCCCCAGGGGGUAGCCCUGAGCACCACCAGAGCAGAUCAAACGAUGCUCUUCACUCCAUAAGCCAGAUGCUGAUGGAAGACGUCGACGGGAGGGUCGACAUAUGCCAAUGGGAGACAGCUAUCCAGGCCGCUGAGCAGCCAUUCCGUGACAUUCUUGGGCAGGUAUACGCGCCAGCUUUGUAUAGCAACAACAAACAAGACAACCCUGAUAAGAGUGGGACCAACUGUUACAAGAGGCUCUGGAGCACUAGCUUCAGUAAUGACUGUUCCAGUUACAUCUUGGUACAGCCCUUGACAACCCCGUUGAGUCCAUAUAUUUGCAAUAGGAGUCUUUCUCAACCAAACCAGCCAUUGAUAAGUGUUGGAUGGACUUCUGGAUCUGGCUUCCCUGACUUGCAUCGUCAGAGAAGUGCCGAGGAGGAAAAUAUAUUUGCUCCAAGUAUUGAUAACAUGGUGAUAUAUUUAGAGAAUGGCAUACUUUGUAUUACCAAACUGACUACAAACGCAAAAGUAGGAGAGAGGGGUGAAAACACAAUCUUUGAGGUGGCAGACCAAAGGGGCUGGGGUAUCUUGGAAGGAAGGAGCAAUAAACAUCAUGCCAUCACCACUUGUGCAAUAAUUCGAAAUGAAAAUUUCGACCAGAUUCUGCUAUAUGGUCGGAAGAGUUUCGACCAAAUAACAAGACUGCGAGAAAUGAUGGUAGAGACAGGAAACAAUAACACACUGAAAGGCCGGAGCAAUGGGCGUCCAAAGCUAUGGGCUAGGAAGCAACAGAGGCAAGAGUUCGUUGAUAUCAGGGCUCUCCUCUUCCAGUGCGCACAAGCUGUGGCAGAAGACAACCACCUGUUCGCCAAUGAACUUCUAAGGAAGAUAAGAGAACACUCCUCAGCAGAUGGUGAUUGUACUCAGAGACUGGCAUUUUACUUGGCAGAUGGUCUCGAGGCACGCUUGGCUGGGAUUGGGGGUCAGGUUUAUCGCAACCUCAUGGAGAGGCGAACAAGUACAACAGAUUGGUUAGAUGCGUACAGUCUUUUUCUUGCAUCCUGCCCUUUCGACAGGACAUCAUACUACUUUGCCAACCAAGCUAUUCUUGAUGUCUCGCAAGGGAAACCAAGGGUGCACAUUGUUGAUUUCGGCAUCAACUUCGGCUUUCAGUGGCCAUUAAUGAUUCAGAGGUUUGCACAGCGAGAAGAGGGAGCCCCUAAGCUUCGGAUCAUAGGUAUAGAAGCUCCCCAGCCAGGUUUCCGCCCCUGCGAAAUGAUCGAGGAGACAGGGAAGCGGUUGGCUGAUUAUGCAAACCUUUUCAAGGUACCUUUUCAGUAUCAGGGCAUUGUCGCUUCAAGAUGGGGGACCAUUAAAAUUGAGGAUCUUAACAUUGCCGAGGAUGAAGUUCUCAUAAUCAACUGCAUAUUCCGGAUGAAGAAUCUUGGUCAUGAAACCGCAGGAAUAAAUAGCGCAAAGGAUGAGGUAAUGAAAACUAUGAGGAGGAUGAACCCAAAGAUUUUUAUUUCUGGCACAAUGAAUGGGUUACACAGUUCUCGCUUCUUCAUACAACGAUUCAAAGAGGUUAUGCUCCAUUACUCUCCAAUGUUUGAUAUGCUUGACGCAGAUGUUCCACGGGAUAAUAAGGCAAGAAAGAUGAUUGAGAGGAUCCGAUUUGGGACGGAUGCACUUAAUAUCAUAGCAUGUGAGGGCGCAGACAGAACUGAGAGGCCAGAAAGUUACAGGCAGUGGCAAGCAAGAUUUCUCAAGGCUGGGUUCCAGCAGCUUCCUGUGGAUCCAGCCUUCUUGAAAAGAGUACACAUGAAUAACUCGCUUUAUCACAAGGAAUUCUUUGCUGUGGAAGAUCGCGGUUGGCUGCUACAAGGAUGGAAAGGGAGAGUACUUUAUGCUAUAUCUAAAUGGAAACCUGAUGAAACAUAUGAUGAUCAGUAA